AUGUGGGACUUUGUGCAAGUCGUUGUGGUGGUGACACAUGUCUUGGAGAUUAGGUUCGGCAGUUGGGAGCUUCAGCAGUCAGGAGCUUCGGCAGGCUGGAUAUGCUCGGUUGAUUAUGGUGUAAACAGUAGUUCCCUCAGUUCGCGGUCGAGAAGUAACUUCUGGGUUGGGAACUUGUUAUUUUUCUGUGUAAUCGUGACCGAGCAUUCCAACUUCAGCGGGAGCCGUAGGGCAUUCCCUAGUCCCCCAAGUUGGCAGGCUAGAAGUUACGUCACCACUUGGAAGCUGGGUACCUUUGAAAGAAAAGUAGACUUGGGCCUUGAAGCUUUGGCAAGAAAAUUUGUGGGCCUUAGUGCUUAUGACCCGGGUCCUGCCGUUUAG